AUGCUUGCCGAACUGGAGUUUGCGUUGCAGGUAGGCGACGAACAGUCUGAGGCCACCCAAAAGCUCGAUCGCAUUCGUCAAGGCACCAAGGCAGUAACUCAGCAUAUUGCUGACUUCAAUUUGAUCAUUGUUCCUCUAAAGAUGAAUGAGGAGUCGAAGAUCUUGUCCUUACGCCAUUCAAUCAACGAGGACAUCAAGGACGUUCUCGCCCGAUCUUUAGAUUCGACCAAGUCGAAUUUCACCCUUUUCUGUCGCCAGGUGAUUGCCGCCGACAAUCGUCUCUUGGAACGAGCGUACGAGUACUCGGUGAAGCACUACACUCUGACCGGCAGACGCACUGUGCGCCCCUACGCCAGCACGCCCCCUUCUAUUCCGCCCCGCUUCACAGCCAGCGCUCCUCCCACGACAAUGUGUCUUUUCUACUUCCAGCUCUAG